UACAAACAACCAAACAGCGCCCACGAGUUAGGGGAUUCCGGAUUCGCCGCCGCCCGGCCGCGUUUUGGUUCCCCUUCCUCGCCGGCUCGCCGCCGGUCACCGCCGCCAUGGGAAUCAAGGGCUUGACGAAGCUGCUGGCGGAGCACGCUUCGAGGGCCGCGGUGCAGCGGAGGGUGGAGGACUACCGCGGCCGCGUCAUCGCCGUCGACGCCAGCCUCAGCAUCUACCAGUUCCUCAUUGUGGUUGGAAGGAAAGGGUCAGAGCUUCUGACCAAUGAGUCUAGUGAAGUCACGAGUCAUCUGCAGGGUAUGUUGAACCGGACAGUAAGAAUGCUAGAAGCAGGGAUAAAGCCUGUUUUUGUUUUUGAUGGCGAGCCACCUGAAAUGAAGAAAAAGGAGCUUGCAAAAAGGUCCUUAAAGAGGAAUGAUGCUACAAAAGAUCUUAAUAGAGCUAUUGAGAUUGGGGAUGAGGAUUUAGUUGAAAAAUUUAGCAAAAGAACUGUCAAGGUCACAAAAAAGCACAAUGAUGAUUGUAAGAGGCUGUUAAGAUUGAUGGGUGUCCCUGUAGUUGAGGCACCAGGUGAGGCUGAAGCACAGUGUGCAGCUCUUUGUGAAAAUCACCAGGUCUAUGCUGUAGCUUCAGAGGACAUGGACUCUCUGACUUUUGGUGCUCGAAGGUUUCUUCGUCACUUAACUGACCUUGGUUAUAAGAAAUCUCCUGUGACAGAAUUUGAAGUGUCAAAGGUUUUGGAGGAACUUGGACUCUCAAUGGAUCAGUUCAUUGACUUGUGUAUCCUUAGUGGAUGUGAUUACUGCGAGAAUAUUAAAGGUAUUGGGGGACAAAGAGCCCUGAAACUCAUUCGACAGCAUGGUUGCAUUGAAGAAGUUGUGCAAAAUCUUAAACAGACGAGAUUCAAUGUUCCAGAAGACUGGCCUUACCAGGAAGUUCGGACAUUGUUUAAAGAACCUAAUGUUUGUACAGAAAUUCCAGAUUUCAUGUGGACCUCGCCUGACUCACAGGGCCUUAUGGAUUUCUUGUCAACUGAAAACAGUUUCAGUCCUGAUAGGGUAGCAAAGGCGGUAGAAAAGAUUACUGUUGCAAGGGAUAAAUAUUCCCCAGGAAGAUUGAAGCUUUUGACACCAGUUUCUAGCUUACCGGGAUCUUAUACUGAGAAGGUGCAGAUCUUAAACAGCAUGACUUUAGUCUUCAUCAUUUGCUCGUCUUUCCUGUGCCGUAGCCACAGAUUCACAUUGGAACCCACAUGCAUACUAGGCUCUCCAGGACAAGGUCUGAAGAUCAGGUCUGCCCCACAAGUGUGCAAUAGUUCAAGUUCUGGCCUCAGAUAUGCUAGCUCAAAACCAUUUAUGCUGGGCAUGCAAUCAGGAUUCCAUGGAAGACCUUAUGCUUUCUCUUCCCUCUAAAUAUCUAGCUGCUCUGGUUUACAAGAGCUGAUUGGUUGAAGCUGUAACUGCAGCUCAUGAAGGAUGGAUGCUCACUUAAAAUAUGUUAAUCGCAUGGUACUAUUGUAAUCUUUCCUUUUGUACUGUAACCUAGCUAGUGAACUGCUGCAGUUCUUCUCAAAUCUAAUGCUGAUUGCUGCUACACCACUUGAUCUUUCCUUUCUGCCCUUCAAGUAUUUGACCACCUUUUGGUUA